AUGAAGCAGGCACUCCGGCUGCUGUCGUCGAACCCCGUGGUGGUGCUGGGCGUCCGACGACAGCGGUUUUCUUCCGUUUUGGACAGGACUUCCAGAGGAUUCCUCUGCACCACCACCUUCGUCCAGCCAAGGAGGCCUUUUGCCGUCGCCGUCGAUCAGAGUUAGUUUCGAUUUUUUUUAGCUGAUCAAGGGGAAUUAUACUAGCAUUUCAAUGAAAUUUUGAAGAAAAAAUGGUUCAAAUGUUCGGAAAAAUUAUUCAUUUUUUCUCAGUAAAACGGACUUUUUGAAGAGUAUUUAAAUUCCAGUAAACCAUAAAAAAUCACCUCUAAAGCUCAAAUUUGAGCUUUUUUCGGAAUUUCUGCAGUUGACUUUGCAACACUCGGACAGAAUCGGAAAGGGUGGAAAAUGGCCGCAAAAAGGGCCAUAAAAGGUCGCAAAAAAGUCUCUCUAUCGAGCUUUCUGGGAUUUUAAAGGCUCAAGAAAUGGUGGAAAAAGGAAAAGGCAGUAAAAAAGGGUGCAUAACAGCCGAUUAAAUGGCUCAAAAAAGGAACCUUUGUAAAAAAAAUUGCAAAAUUGUAGCUUUUGUCUAGCCUGAUAGUUCAUGGAACUUAGGAACCCCUAAGUGAUCCCUAUAGGGUUUAGUUUAGACCGCUAAGCCCUUGAAGCUCAAGUGGUCCCUAUAGUGGCCUCUCAGUUUUUUAAAAAUUGAAAUGAAGCAUUCAAUAAAAUCCUCGGUUCAUAUCUUUCAUCCAAAAAGCACCCCUUUGAAAGUUUUAGGGGAAGGUAGUGAUCCCUAAAGAGGUAACUUCAAGGGCCCUUUGCCCCUUUAGGGACCACUCUCGAGCUACUACUCAUCAUUCAAUUCUUCUAUUCUAGGUUCACUUAAGAUAAAGAAAAGAAGAUAAGCCGAGUCAUAGGGCCAAGACUUAUCAAUGGGUUUAGUGAGGAAUUAGAGCUGGAUUAUAGUUUUAAAAGGUUUUUUGACGAUUUCAGCGCUUUUCAGACCAAACCAUGAGAGCAAAGAAUGACUUUUUCAUUGGAAUUUUUGAAAUUUUUGAAUUUUCAAGUUUUUGAAAGGAAUGGAAGCUUGAAGAGGGAAAAUCUUGAGGCUGUGUUAGAAAAAUCGGCUCAAAGAACAAUAUUUGGCAAUUUCUAUAUGAUGGGUUUGUUCUGUGAGGAUGAGAUUUUUAGAUUUUUCCGAAGAAAAUUGGAAAAGUUUUAAUUUUCUGAAUAGUUUUUGAAACCUUCUUAAAGUAAUAUUUCAAUACCGAACGGGUAACGAUAAAGAAAACUUUUUUUUGAGUGCUUUUUUUAACUUCAAAUAACACAAAAAAAAAACCCUGCAAGUUUUAAUUUUUUACCCCAAUAACCACUAAUCUUAGAAUUUUCAGUAGUCCAAGUUAUUGAGAAGAUUUUUUUUACGUUCAAAUAGUUAUUUUUAAAAAAACCCACAGCUAAAAAUAGCCAUCGAACCCGGAUUAAAAAUUCUAUAAUCUUGUAUUUUUCUUGAGAAAGGAAUGAAGAAGUGUGAAGCGUUUAGAGUUUAGUCCUUUAAGCUGUUUUUUUGGUCUCGACUAUUUUCGAAAGGGAAGAAGGAAAUAAAAUUUUAUAUAAAAGAUGAAAAUAUUGAAUUGACAAUAGUUUGGUUCAUUUUUUUGUUUUGUCAUUUUUUUCUGGUCUUAUUUCGAUAUUUCAGUCCUUCCCUUAAAGCUUGUCAACUCAUUUAAACUGAAAAAAUAGGCCGAAUAAACCUGAAAAUGAAGAUUUUAUGCCUCCAACACGAUCUCCCGAGAUAUUCAGUGGCUAUUUUUAAACCUUGCCACUGAUCAAUGCCAUCGGAAUCAUUAGAGGGACAAGCGGAACGAAAAAAGAGAAGCCUCUGCCCUCGAAAUAGAGCACCUGCUGCACUUUUUCUUGGUCGAACGAUUUAUUUUGUUGGUUCCUUGAAACCUUUUUGAGGGUUCUUUGGGCUCAAUGUAGCUUUUUCCAUGAUAUGAAAUCAAUCAACUUUGUUUAGAUCUUCAGAAAAAAAUUUCUUAAAGAAGCUUAGGCAACCAAAAAUUCCUAGAAGCUGUUGGCCCAGUGAAAUUUCGCAACUCAGACAGCAGAAGCUCAAAUUUUCCAAAUUUAGCUUUUGGAUCAAAGAAAAAUAAAAUUUUUUGAGAAUUGCUCACUUUCAAAUGAGAAAUGAAGACAUCUUGAUGCUUUUUCACAAGUCUUUUAAGAUUUUUCGAAAAAAUUCCAAGUUCAAAAAGACGAAAGCUUGAAAAUAUUUAUCUUUUUCGAAAAUCUGAUGGAUUGGGAUUUAUUCUUGAAAGUUAUCUACUUUAACACGACGAACUUUGAAAAUUUUCGAUUUCCGAAGAUCCGAAGACCCUUUCGAACCGUCUGAAAAAGGUACCUUUUUUUGGAAAACCUCACUGAAGUAACCGGGAUGAGAUCCAGCUGAAGUAUGAACCUUAUAUUCGAAGCCCCACUAAAUUCAAAAAUUGUCAAUUAUUCGGAAAACUCUUGGUUUGAGAUGGCUCUAUAAGUAUUAUCUACGAUAAAACGGCGAAUUCGUCAACUUUCCGAAUUUUUUUUUCAAAAAACAUUGGAUUUCAAAGUCCUAAAAAUCGUUCAAACCGUCUGAAAAAAGUGCUUGGUUCGAAAAAUCCGUAAUAAAGGCCAACUGUAUGCUGAGACCUUAUAAAUUUGCAAAUUUUCCCAAAAAGGGAAAUUUUGAAAUGUCUUUUCAAGACGUAUUUAUUUUCAUUUUGAUCUUGAGAAAUCUGAAAUCUCACCACCCAUUCAAACCGUCUGAAGGCUCCUUUGUUUCGGACAACCGCGUUCAGACUUUGGACCUUCCACUCGUUUUGGAUAACUUCUCAAACUCAUAAGCGAUGCGAAGUCUCACCAUGUGCUGACCCGAAGGAGUCGCCAAAAUUUUUCUUAGUUUCAAGGACCAUCAUUUUUCACUUGACGAACAUGGGAAAAAUUCGAGUUUCUUCGAAAAUUUGACCAGAGAGGUCAUUUUACUUUGUGGUUGGGAAUUUCCUGAAAAUUGACUAGAACACUUUUCGAUGUACCAGAUGAAGACUCUAGGAGUCUCAAUCUGUAAAAAUUAUUCUUUUUUGAGAAAAGACGCCUUACAGUUAAAGAAACCCCACAAAACCCAUAAAAAUAGGCUAUUUUGAGGCUUUAACCCCCUUAUUUCUCGAAAUUAGGAAGUUGUGCAGGUUGAGACUUUCUGGAUCUUCAUCUCAUACUCCAAGAAGUGUUCUGGUAAAUUUUCAGAAACUUCUCAAAAUAUAAUCAUUUACCAUGUAAGAUCUCAAGACCCAUUCAAACCGUCUAGGCCUUUUUGUUUCGGACAACCGCGUUCAGACUUUGGACCUUCCACUCGUUUUGGAAAACUUCUCAAACUCACAAGUGAUGUGAAGUCUCACCAUGUGCUGACCCGAAGGAGUCGCCAAAAUUUUUCUUAGUUUCAAGUACCAUCAUUUUUCACUUGACGAACAUGGGAAAAAUUCGAAUUUUUCCAAAAACCUAAGAUCUCACGACCCAUUCAUUUGCAAAUUCUUUCAAAAAGUCAAAUCCUGAAAUGUCUUCUUAAGACUUAUCUAUUUUAACUUUACCAGACGAACUUGGAAAGUUUUUGAAAAAUCUGAAAUCUCGCCAUCUCACGACCCAUUCAAACCGUCUAGGCCCUUUUGUUUCAAAAAACCGCGUUCAAACUUUGGACCUUCCCGCCAGACACCCCCAGCCUUCCCGCAGCCGGGUGCUUCGUGUACCCGGUGCAACGGGCUUUUUCGUCUGCUCCGCUUUCGAAAUGAAUCUUUCGUCUUUGCAUGCGAUGACGCGACGACGAGUGUUCCCAGCCAAUUUUCCUCCCUCUUUUUCUUUGAGCUGGUUCUCUUUUCUGGGGCUUUUAGAUGGAUUAUAGACGUUUUUGGGAGAUUAGAGGAGUUUUUUUUGUGAUAAGAUAUACCAAGAAAGGCAUUAGGGAAAAUUAGGGUUUUGAAAUUUUUUCAUGAAAUUCGAAAUAGUGCAGUUAAAUCGUUUUUUUGAGCUAGGCAUGUCGAAUUUUGGAGCAAAAUUGAGAAGAAAAAAAUCAAAUUUAUCGAAAAAAAUUAUUAAAAUUGAAUUUUUUUAGGUGAAAACCGUAUAAAAAAAUGGACUUCAUAAUGAAUUUUUUUACUUUGUGAAAAAAAUCAUAACUUUUUUUAAAAGGGAAUUUAUAGGCUUUUAACAGAAAAAUUCAGUAUUUUUCUUAUCGUUUGACUGGAAAAAUAAAGAUUAUUCGUUUUUUUCUACAGAAAAAAAUUUUUGAGACGUUUUUUUCUCAUCAAAAAAAUGAGCUCUCCGAUCAUUAAAACCUAUUUUUCCAAGACCCUGACUCCUCAAGUUGAUGCUCAGCGAAUUCACCAACUUUUGAUACGUAGUCUUCACUCUUCGAACUCAUUCUUUGCACCCAGGCAAGAAAAAAUGUAAGGCGACCGGCGCCCGGCUGUCUGAACCGGAUUAUUUUUCCGUUAUCAGUGGGGCGAACUUACGGUAGAACGCCUGGAAAAUUCAUCGGGGUUUUUCGAAGAUUAUAGUUUGAAAUAAACGAAAUGAGUAGGCUCUUAAGGUUUUGAGUCGAUGCGCAGGCAAAUUUAAAGAAAAAAUCUGGGCUCUGGGCUAUUUUUUCAAGUAUAACUGAUCAUUGAAAAUUUAAAAAAUGUGUCAAGGCUUUUAAAAUUUUUCCAAAUAAAAGAAGAUUUUCAAAUUUUUUCUAGAAGGUCCCCAACAGAUUUUGAUACACAUUUUCAUAGACUUUUAAGCAAAAAUCACCUUUUCCCUCCAGAAAAACAUUGUUUUUAGGUUAAUCAAACUUGUUGAUAAGAAUUCAAGAAAAAGGAACUCGAAUUCUCGUCGUGUUUUGUCUUUUUGCCACUGUCCGCACUAUAUAAACAGACGAGGAAACGCUUUUUUUUUCUCCUACACAACGGAAAAGCUCGCACGAAUUCACGUGAAUCGUCGUCUCGCUCUUUUUUCGAGGAAAAUGGAGAGAUUUGGAUUUUUCUAAAAAAAAAAACUUUUAGGCUCGCCAAGGACUACUUGGAGAGGACACUAAAGUGGCCUCUAAACCCACCUCUAUAGGGGCCACUAUUUUCCGUUUUAGUGACCACUUUAGUAGUUUUUCAUCCAGUAUUCCUUCCAGUAUCUCUGAUAAUUUUAAAACAAACAGAUGGGACCAGUUAUGUUGAUCCGUUGAUCCCUAAAGUGGCCACUAAAUUUUUUAGUGGUCUAGUAGUAGUACUCAGACCUCUAUAGUGGCCACUAAUUGAUAACCCCUUAAGUGGCCACUGUAGCGUCAAAACCCUAUAGUACUCACUAAAAAUUUUCCCAGUUAGGCGAUUUUUUCACGUCUAAAAACCGUGGAAUUGUACAUCGAAAAUGUAUUUUUUUGGAGAAAAAAAUUUAGGUAUAAAAUAAUUUGAAAAAUAAACUUUUUUUGGAGGUUUAACCCUUAUUUUUUUGACUCUUUAUUCAUUCUAAAUUAAAUUUAAAAAUCAAAACUUAUGAGAAAAAUUUGAAAUUUAAAGUUCAGAAAAAAAGCUUUUUCCUUUAAAUUUAUGAGUAUAAAUAAGCUUAUAAAGAUUUUUAUUAGUCCAAAAAAAUCUUUAUCAAAACCAAAUAUUUUUUUCCUUCUAAAGGUAAUUUUUUUCAUCAAAAUCGGUAUAAUCCUGAAAAUUGUUUUCACAUGCCCUUGUCAUGCAUUUUUUGGGCUUUCUAAGCUUCCGGGUUGAAGAACGGCUAGAGAGGAGGCAAAAGCGAGGAUCAGACGACGAGAGCCCUCGUCUGGGUGCAUUUAGAUUCUCUCCGGCCACGCCCUCAAACGCCUUUAAAACAGUCUUUUCUGAGACGAAUCCCGAUUCUUUUUUCCAAAUUUUUCGUUUUCGGAGGCUUCUUUAGGACUUUUAGGGAAAAUUUUAAGAUUUUUUGGGGACUUUUUUAACGCUUUUAGUCGAAAUCCGGUCGUUAAAAAAACUUUUUGAGGCCUCUUCCGAAUUUUAGGAGAAAACUUGGAAUUCCGAGAUUAAUUUUUGAGGCUUUUUAAGGGUUUUUAGGCGAAUUUUAAGGUAUUUUUAGACAUUUUUCAAGAUUCUAGAUUUUUUUAGGGAAAGUUUGAAAAUUUUUGAGAGGAAUUUUGAGGCCGUCCUAGGGUUUUUUUAGGACUUCAAGGGAGAUUUUGGAAUAAUUUAAAAAAUGUUUUGAGACUUCUUCAGGCUUGUUUAGGCAUGUUUUAAGGUAUUUAGAGAACUUUCCGAGAUUCUAGAUUUUUAGGGAAAAUUUAAAGUUUUUGAGAGGAAUUUUCGAUGCCGCCCCAGGGCUUUUAUGAGUUCAAGGGAAAUUUUGGACUGUUUGAAAAAAAUAUUCAAGGCUUCUUUAGGGCUUUUAGAGCUUUCAAGUAGACAUUAAAGCUUCUGAGAAAAUUUUGAGCUUUUUUCAGGACUUCUAGGAAAAAUUUAAAUAGUUUGAAAGAACUUUUUUAGGCCUCUAUAGGGUUCUUAGGGAUCCAAAAAAAAACUUUGGACUGUUUAAAAAAAUUUUUGAAACUUCUUCGGCUCCUUUAAGGCUUUCAAGGCUUUUAGGAUACAUUUGGAGUUUUUGAGGAGUUUUUUGAAGGUUUUUCUAGGACUUUUGAGGAAAUUUUGGGCUUUUGAGAGAAUUUGCGAUGCUUUCUUAGGUCUUUCAGGGUUUUUAGUGAUGGUUCGGAGUUUUUGAGAGAUUUUUAAGAGCUUUAGGAGAGAUUAGAGUGAUUUUUAAAUGAUUCUUUUGACUUUUAGCUUCAAAAAAAAUUCAGAAGAUGUAGAGUUUUUUUAUUAAAAAAAUGUAAAACUGAUCUAAAAUCUUUUUUUACUUGAGGUUUCAGGUGAAAAUCGUAUUUUUAAGGUUUUUCCUGAAUUUUUUUAGGAUUUUUUUGAAGAAAGUUGAGAGUUAAUUUAAAGUUUUUUUCAGAGACUUUUUGGAUAUAUUUAAAAAUUUGUAACCAGUUGAAAAAAAUUGUUUAGACCUUUUUUAAGGCUCACCAGUUUUAAUAUAAUUUAUUUUAAAUACAAUUUUUAACAAAAAAAAGUGCUAUUUUUGGCAGAAAAUUCAUCAAAUUUCAAAAUUUCAAAAGCUUUUGAGCUCUUAUUUUCCAAGAAAAUAUGGCUUAAAAAGGGAUAUUUGUGUUGAAAAUAAGAGAUCUAGGAAUUUAGCCGGAUAGUUUGAAAAAUAAGGCGAUUUUCUGUGGAUUAAGGAAUUCUUUCAAACGUCAUUUAAUAAAAAAUAAUAUAAUAGUCAUUUCUACUGACUUUUUUUCACUUGGGAGCGGCCAACUCCUACUCACUCACAUUAACUAAUUACUAGCCGAUUAAUUGAAAGGAAUUUCGAAGGUUUGUGUUGGGUUUUAAGACGAAAAUUUAGUGGAACAUUUUUUUGAUUUUUUUAAAAUAUAAUUUAUUCGAUUUUUCAGGUUUUCUUGAGCUUGAAAGUCAUUAAAUCGAUUUAAAGGCGCAUAGGAGGGUUUACUUAAAAAUAUUGACAGGAAGAGCUUUUUCCUGGCUUCUAUUAUUAAAAAUAAGGCUAACACGUGUAAGGUUGUUAUGAAUGAACUUUCUGAAAAACUUGAAAAUUUCCAUUUUUCAGUUCAUUUUCAAACUUUUAGAAGUCAUUUGAUGAGCUUUUGAACUCUGAUAAUCACAUUUUCAAGUAAAUUUUUUUGUUUUUUUCAUCAGAUAUGACUGUUAAGUGUAAACUUCGAUCUCAAACUUUGUACCCUAUGACUUUUUUUCGAGAAGAAAACAAUCACAAGAGCGUCACUUGCUUUAAUCCGACGCCCGCUCGAACGGAAAAACCUUGAGAUUGAGAGGAGACUAGAAAAUACUUUGACCUGCCGUAGGGCGGAUUAGAAAUAACUUGGGUUCUAGUUUGAAAUUGAAAAAAAGAGCUUUGACCUACCGUAACCUGGGCUAGAAAUAACUGGAAGUCUUCGUGAUAAAUCGAAAUGAAACUGAACUACCGUGGGAAGGAUUAGAAAUAGCUUAGAUUCUGGUGUAAUACGGUAGAAUGAACUUUGACCUACCGUAACCUGGACUAAAAAUAACUGGAAUUCUUCCUGAUAAACUGAACUUUGACCUACCGUAAGACGGACCAGAAGUAACUCACAAUAUAGGGGACAUUUUGAGCUACCGUACCUGGUUGGACUAAGAAUAACUGGAAGUCUUCUUGAUAAAUCUAAAUGAAACUGAUCUACCGUGGGAAGGAUUUGAAAUAACUUGGAUUUUAGUGUAAUACGGUAGAGAGAUCUUUGACCUACCGUAACCUGGGCUAGAAAAAAAAAAUGAAAACCUACCUUAUGAAUGGAUAACUGAACCUACCGUAGGAAGGACUAGAAAUAACUAGGAUUCUAGUGUAUACGGUAGAGAGAACUUUGACCUACCGUAACCUGGACUAAAAAUAACUGAAAGCCUUCCUGAUAAACUGUACUUGGACCUACCGUAGUCUGGAGUGGAAAUAACUUGGAUUCUAGUGUAUACGGUAGUGAGAACUUUGACCUACCGUAACCUGGACUAGAAAUGACUGAAAGUCUUCCUGAUUGAUUGAAACUUUGACCUACGGUAGGGUGGGCUAGAAACAGCAUAGAUCUUAGUGGAAUUUAGAAAUUUUUUUUAAGUUCGAAGAAUUCUACCGUAACCCUAACAGAGUCAAAUUUGUUAAAAAAAGUCUCUCAAAAUGUUGCGACUUCUGAUUUUUUCUUCCUCCGUUCCGUUCCUGAGUUAAUUCAAAUCGACUUCCUGACGGCUAAUUUUCCUCCACGUGACCUUUUAGAACACAAAAUGCGUGGAGCUUUUUGCCUCGAAACGAAAAAAUCGCGAUUUUUAACACGCUGACGUAGAUGUCACCACGUGCGGGGGGUUGAUCGAAUCAAAAAGUUCGAGGGGCGGAGCCGAAAAUGACCAUUUAAGGGAAAAUUUUGAACUUGAAAUAGUGACUUUUGGUACGGUCGUUUGAAAUUUUCGAAUUUUAUCUUGAAUUUUUUCAAGUUUGAUGAUUUUUUCAACUUUUUGGUCCCAAAAAAUGACCAUUUAAGGGAAAAAUUUUUGGACUUGAAAUAGUGAUUUUUUUGGUACGGUCGUUUGAAAUUUUUUUAAAGUUUGAUUUUUGCAUUUUUUUCAAGUUUUAUAAUUUUUUUCAAUAGUUUAGUAAGCGUCUGGGGAUGGAAAAAAAUUAGAAAUCGAAAAAAAUUCAAUUUUUUUGAUAAUUUUUAUGAGUUGAAACAUCCGUAAACUUUCCAAUUUUUUUCUCUUUUUUUCGUAAUUUUUUUGAAAAAAAUCCAGGUCUAUAAAAAAACAGAGAGAUUAUGUUUUUUCGAUUUUUCUGAAACUUUAGGAGAUUUUUUUCCUCCCAUGAUUUUUUUAAAUAAUUUUUCAUCCUUUAAGGAAUAUAGGAAUAUAAAUUUUUGAACACUAAAAACCCCUCAAAUCUUGGCUUCUACUCUUAGUUAAUGGAAAAAAAUUGAAAAUUUCCCUUUUUUUCAGUAAGAAUCUAACCUUAAAAACCCAUUUCGUUAUCAAUUUUUCCCCGCCAAUCGUACUUUUGCGCUCUGAAAAUCUCAGCCAAAGAACAGUUGCUGUUUUUGAUUUCGAAUUGAUUAUAGUUUUUUUCGUUUUUGAACGAUUGCACUUGAAAAAGUGAAAACACAACAGCUGUGACGGCAAAAAGUAUAAAAGAGCGAUUUUCUCGAGAAUUUUCAUAUUUUCUAACAAAUCUCUGUUCUAAUUUUACAUGGAUGAAAGGUCCAAAACUUCUUCGAAAUGGUCCAGAAAGAAAAAGGUAUUUUUUUUCAUUAAGUAGGUUUUUUUCAAUACUAAAAAAAUUUAACAGGAUGGUGCUUCUCUCAAUGAAAUUUCAGUUUUUACCAAAAUUUAAAAAUGCUCCCAAAAGUUCCCCAUAAUGGCUCAUGUACUGAAAAAGCUUCAAUUUGGCACCAUUUAUGAAUAAAUUUAUGAGUUAAGUCGAAAUUCGAAAUUAAAAAGAAACCAUUUUUUCUAAUAUAAGUUAAAUUUUCAGGAAAUUUACCAUUUUUCAAAACUUUUAUGGUUCUUUUUGCUCAAAAAGAAAGCCCAGUUUCUUCCAAAAUUUGAAAAAAAUGCCCUUAAUUUUUUCCCCAUAAUGGUUCAAGCUCCGAAAAAAAAUUUCAUUUUUGGUACCGUUUAUAAAUAAAUUUAUUAAUCCAGUCGAAAUUCAUAUUUUCAAAAAAACGAUUUUUUUCUAAUAUAAGUUGAAUUUUUUUAGGAAAUUUAUCAUUUUUUAAAAAUUUAUCGCUAUGGUGCUUUUUGCUCAGAAAAAAAGCCCAACUUCUUCUAAAAAUUUAAAAAAAUGCCCUUAAUUUUUCCCCAUAAUGGUUCAAGCUCCGAAAAAACUUCAAUUUACCAUCAAAAAAAUUUUUUCGAAUGGGUAGUACGUUUUUUUUAUCAGAAAAAAAGCCCAGUUGCUUUUGCAAUUAAAAAAUGCCCUUAAUUUUCCCCAUAAUGAUCCAAGCUCCAAAAAAACUGCAUUUUGGUUCGAAAAAUUCCGGCCGAAAUUCAAAAGUCCAACUUUUCAAUGUCCCUGAUAAGCCCCCAAGUGACAGAUUUAUCAUUAUAGCCGUUUUUUUCUUUCUUUUUAAAAUCGUUAAAUUUUCAGUUCCCAUGUGACUUUUUCUCUUUUUUUUAAAGUUCAAAAGAAUGAGCCUUUUUGUAUAAAUAGGCUGAUUGACACCCGAUUUUCUGGUUUCGUGUCCCUUUGAAGGUGAUAAUCUGGUAAUCGCUAAUUUUUUGGCUCCUGUCAGUCUUUUGAAUCGAGUUUUGAGAAUGUUUUAUUGAUCUCUUUGAGCUUUCUUCCUCAUCUUAGUAGCCUUUCUGUUCAGAAUGUCGCUAGAAUGAGCAAUUUUUUCUAGGUGCUAUAUGUAUUUUUUUUCAAUCGGUCUUUUUCUAUAGUCUUCCAUUUGAAUAAAUGGGAAGAACAUUUUUUUUCAUUAUAUAGAUAUCAAUUGGUGUUGGUACUAGUACAUUUUUUGACAAUUAAUAUUUUUUAUAGUUAGCAUAAAACAGGAAUGAAUGAUCUUGAGAAAUUUCUAAAACUCCACUGCACUUUCUAAAGGAGCAUGAGCAAAUUUUGAUAAGGGUCUCAAAGCGAAAAAUCGUUAUCCGUGUUUUUUUAGGCCAUGCUAGGCUUGUUCUUUUGAAAAUAGGCCCGUAAGCUUGUCACGAUUUUUUUUUCUUCGACCCCCUGGACCCGUUUUUUGAAGCGUGGCUUGUCUAAGUACAUGCGCCUUUAAUAAGGCGGAAAUGUAGGCCAAUGGGUUACUGUAGCUUGGAGAAGAUUAAAAUUUAUGACAAGUUGGGAUGAAAAUGUCAGAUUUGGAAUUUCAAGUACAAUGACGUCAUUAGAAAACGCUCAAUAGAUGGCUCGCUCUCUGAUUGGUUUAUCGCGUCAUUAUGGGCGGAGCUUGAGCGACCACUUGAUCUUCGAAUCUCUGAACAGACUGUAUACUGACUAAAUUAUUCGAAAAUCCGCUGAAAUCUUCGAAAAUCCCGCUCCAACCUCAGAAUUUUCAGCUCCAACACUCCGGCGACCGCCCCAGCCACCGCCGCCGCCUCCCCACACCGAGCCGCCGAUUAUUCCACCGACGGCGGAAGCCCGAAAAGACGUCUACCACUUUGAACUGAGAAUGAAGCAGAAGAUCUACUGCGAGGGCUCCCUUCUCCAUGCCGUCCAGACCUCCCACAUCUUCGCCGACUGCAAAACGUUCGUCGACAUGCCCUUGAAGCAUGAUGCUGGUGAGCUAUUUUCAAACUCACGGGAAUCCUGGGAAGGUUUUGGGAAGGUUCAUGGAACCUAGAAGGUCUUGAGAAGGCCUUAUGAAGGUUCAGAAGGUAUCUGGAAAGUCUUCGGAAGCCAAAAAAAGAAAAUGCUUGCCCCUUCCAGCAGGCUUUUGGAAGGUAAGGAAAGGUGUUAGGAAGGUCUGUGAAAGGUAUUUGAAAACUUGCUGGAAAGCUUCCAACACCCCCAUUCUUUGAAAAAAUAAAUGAAUAGAAACUUAGACCACGGCAACGGAAACCGGACAUUCCUGAGCGAUUCUAGGGGUCACUUAAGAGUUCUGACGCCCCUAAAGGGGUCACUAGAAAUCUUCCAAGGUCCGAGAAGUAACUUCAAUCAUAACGACUUGAUACUGUCUGACUUGUCUGCCCUCUCUUUUCUUUCACUGUAUCAUUAUGAAAAGCCUUCUUUUCUCGUUUUUUUUUUUUUUUUUGAAGUUUUAUCGGAUCUCCUCUUUUAGAAAUAUUGUGGUCAAGUCUCGAAAUGACCACUUGAUAAAGGAUAAUAUGUAAACUUGAAAAUAUGAAAGGAAUAAUUAGCUCAUUAUGAAUAUUUUUGCAAUUUUAGAAUCGACUCUGAACAAAUGGGAAGCUCUGCAAUCCCUCGGCGCCGUAAAUGCCGAAACGUUGGCCGCAUUCAUCCGAGAAAAUUUCGACGAACCUGAAGGAGAACUCGUCGAAUGCGCCCCAGCUGACUGGGAUCCCAUGGUUUUGCAAAAAUUGAAGUUUCCCGAACUGAACGUUGGAUUUAAGACUGAUAAGUUCCGCAAAAUCGGCGAUGAGGACUAUAGACGAUUCGCAACUGCGCUCCAUGGCAAAUGGCCGACUCUGUAUAGGAAGGUGAGGAUUACUGUAUAGUCGACAGUAGGAGCUUUGAGGGGUACGGUAGUUUGUAAAUGUGAGGAUUACUGUACAAUCGACAGUAGAAGCUUUUGGAAAUACGGUAGUUUGUAAAUGUGAGGAUCACUGUAUUAUUGACAGUAGAAGCAUUGACGAGUACGGUGAAUUGAAAAUGUUAGGAUUAGUGUAUAAUCGACAGUAGAAGCUGUCAGGAGUACGGUAGCUUGAGAAAAAAGUGAGAGUUACUGUGUAAUAGAUAGUAGAAGCUUUCAGAAGUACGGUAGCAUUAGUUAACGUAUGGAUUACCUUAUGAUCGACAGUAGGAUCUUUGGGGAGUACGGUAGCUUGAAAAAAAAACGUGAGGAUUACGGUAUGAUCGACAGUAGAAUCUUUGAGUAAUACGGUAGUUUGGAAAAAAACGUGAGGAUUACUGUAUUAUCGACAGAAGCUUAGAGGAUUACGGUAGUUUAAGCCUCGUGAAAAUUAACAGAGAGAGCAUUGGUAAUUAAGAGAGCGUCUAGAGAAAAUAACAGCUUGAAUCUUUAAAAUAUUAGUUCUCUUGAAUCUUAUUUAAGAAACAAUUUUCAGAUUGCCGAAAAAGUCUUGGUAAAUCCAGAGCGCUACUCGAUUAUUCCAGUACCUAACCCGUUCAUCGUCCCUGGAGGAAGGUGAAAAUUUAAUUUUUUUAAAGCGCUUUCUAUUUUAUAGUCAAUGUUUCCCGAAUUGAAAGGCGAGGGAGGCGUGGCAAGGGGCGGGACGCGUAGCGUGUGCGCACGCGGUUCUUGGCACGUGUUCAAUUCAACCGCCAGCGAGAAUUCAGAGAGCUUAUUUAUCGCUCUUUUUACUUUUUUUUAAAUUUUUAUUCAUUAUGUUCAUGUGUGCAUCAAAAAAUAGAAGAAAAUACAAAAAAAGAGCGGUUGCCGAGCUUUUUUUAAAUAGUCGGCGGCAACUGAAUUGAACUGGCGCCAACAACCGCGUGCGCACAUGCUACGCGUCCCUGCCCCUUGUCACGCCUCCCUCCCCUUUCAAGUCGGGAAACAUUGACUAUAAAAAGCAGAAAAAAAGUUUGAAAAAAAGUAGAAAUUGGAUUAAAAUCACCAUUCUCAUUUGACCUUUAUCCGUAAAACCUAAAAAAAAAAUUUCUAAAUUCUUCUUUCUGCGAAGCGUUUCUUUAAGCCCCUAAAGUCCCUUUUUCAUUUUAUUUUCUAAAGUUGAAUAAAAUAUUAGGAUAUCAGUAACUAUCAAAAACUAAAUAUAUUUUCAGAUUCCGCGAAAUGUACUACUGGGACAGUUUCUUCACAAUCAAAGGUCUGAUCGCCUCGGGAAUGCUUCAGACGGUCCGCGGGAUGAUCGACAACAUGCAGUUUUUGGUUGAAACGUGAGGAUUACUGUAUGAUCUACAGUAGGAGCUUUCAGGAGUACUGUAGUUUUUAAUACGUGAUAAUUAAUGUAUAGUUGACAGUGGGAGCUUUCACGGAUAGAAUUUGUUCAGAGAACGUGAGUAUUACGGUAUGAUCAACUGCAGAAGCUCUCAGGGGUACGGUAGCUUGAUAAACGUGAGAAUUACGGUUUAAUCUACAGUAGGAGCUUUUACAAGUGUGGUAGCUUGAAAAAACGUGAGGUUUACUGUAUAAGCGGCAGUAGGAGCUCUCAGGGGUACGGUAGUUUGGAAAAACGCAAGGAAUACUGUAAGAAAGACAGUAGAAGUUUUCAGGAGUACGGUAGCUUGAAAAAUGUAAGGGUUACUGUAAGAGCAACAGUGUAGACUUUGAGGGGUACUGUAGUUUGAAAAACGUGAGGACUACUGUAAGAGCAACAGGGAAAACUUUUAUGAAUAAUGUAUCUUGAAAAACGUGGGGAUUACUGUAGAAUCGACAUUAGAAGUUUUCAGGAGUACGGUAGCUUGAAAAAUUUAAGAAUUACUGUAUAAUCAACUGUAGAAGCUUUCAUGGGUACGGUAGCUUGAAAAACCGUAAAGAUUACUGUAUAAUCCACAGUAGAAAUCGACCAAAAUCAAGAAAUUUCAGGUUCGGAUUCAUCCCCAACGGCAACCGCGUCUACUACCUCAACCGAUCCCAACCGCCGUUGUUGACUUGGUGCGCCCACGCCUACUUUGAAGCCACCAAGGACGUCUCCUUCGUCGAGAAUAUCCUUCCGACGUUGAGAAAAGAGGUGAGAAUCGCUCAGAAAAAAAAUGGCUGCGAAAGUCGGUGGUUGUGCGCUCUGGGGAUAAUUUUGAAAAUAAAGACCCGAAAAAGGUUUUAGAGACAUCUAAACCUCUCAUUUUGGCGCACUAUAUCGCUCAUCCAAUCAAAGAAUACCCUGAAAGGCUUCUAAGGCUUAUGUGAAUGUACUAAAAUGUCAGUAUUUUUAUUGGUCCAUGGAGCGCAUUUUUUCUAUGUUGACUGGAAAAAAUAGCCACGGCUUGCUGAAAAUGCGCUCCACGGCUAAAUUUUCAUUCAGAGGGUUUUUUUCCUUUUGGAUGACACGAUUAAAUAAGAGAUAGUGUAUAGUUAGUAGAGAGCGCAGACAGGCCACGCCCCUUAGCGUCCUAAGAAGGUUUUGAAAAUUUUUUUGAAGAAGGCCUUCUAAUAGUAUAACCAGCGACUCGACAAUUUCCGAGUGUCUGCGUCUCUCUGUUCCCUCGCCGGUCAGAGAAACAUGAAAAUAGCACUUCAAUAUGAGAGAGCCCAGAGAAAAAUAACAUCAAGUUUUCAUUUAUCGUUUUUCUUCAGCUGGCCUUCUUCCAAACCAACCGAUCGAUAAUGCUGGAAGGCUGGUCGAGCCCCCUGUUCCGAUUCACGGUCCAGGCCGUCCGACCUCGGCCGGAAAGCUACCGAGAAGACAUGGAAUGCGCCCAUCAUCUCACCGAUCUGGAUGAAAAGUGCACCUUGUGGGGCGACAUCGCGGCGGCCGCCGAGAGUGGACGAGACUUCUCGGCCCGGUGGUUCGCCAACAGUGGCCCCUUGGCUGGAAAGCUCCAGAGCAUGAGGUGAAGCUUGAAAAUUGUAUUUCUUAAAGGGAUAUUUCCCAAAAAAAUUGCCAAAAGAAGUGAAAAAACUACCGUAUUCUGCACAUCUUACUGUACAGUAUUUUUGAUAGAAUCUUUAUGCAACUUAUAUUUAUUACAGGGGUCUGAAAAGAUCUUUAUGUUAGAAUGAUUUUAGCCUUAAAAAUAUCGAUAAACUGAGAUAUACAGUAUCCCCUUUUGCUUUAAAAUAAAAUACGGUAAUCUUAGCCUGUCACAGUAACUAAAUUUUCAAACUACAGUAAUCCUUUUCAUCUCCAUUCAACCUAAUUUAAACAAAAAAUUUAACUUUUUCAUGCUCAGUCUGCCCUCCUAUCUUCACCGAUAUUACCGUACUUUUCAAAAAAAUACAGUAACCCCUUCCGACCUGAAAAGAGCAGACCAAAGUCCUGUCGACGUUCAUCAUGGCGGCGGCGUUAUUAAACGAUCCGCAGUAAUGGGGAGCCGAAAAUACGGUCACCAGCUUCUUGUUGGCGAAGAACUCGUAGCCGUCUUGAACGACCUGAAAUGACGUCAUAACAGCCGCGACGUGACUUGACUUUUCCAAAAAUAAUUGCGUUUCUGAUUUGUAAUUUACGGUCUUCUGAUUGUUUUUCCCGGCCUCAGAAGUCCCGCUAGAGAUUUUUCCACUGACUCCAACUCGGCAUUCCCAAAAAAAAUGUGUUUCUGAUUUGUAAUUUACGGACUUUUAGUUGUUUUUCCCGGCCUCAGAAGUCUCGCUAGAGAUUUUCCACUUUGGAAAGUGAAUAUUUGAUUUUAAAAUAAGCUUUUUAUGACCUGAAUAAGUUUAGAAAAUAGUUCUGAUAGUUCUUUUUGACCUCUUUUGAAAAGAGGUCAAAAAUGUAGUUAAGGGGACCUCGAAUCAAUAAAACCAGUUUUUGAAGCCUCGAAAAAUAAAUUGACCCCAUUUUUUUUCUCCAGGACAUCUCAACUCGUUCCCGUCGAGCUGAACGCCAUCAUCUGCGGAAAUAUCCGACUCAUGGGAGAAAUGUACGACGUGAUCAACGACGUCGAAGGCUCCAAAUGGUGCGCCUUGAUGCAGGAUCAGAUGAGACGAACCAUGCAUCAGGUAAAUCUUGAAUAUUAGGUACACUUUUUCGGAAAUACAUGGGAUGAGCAUGAAAAGUUGAAAAGAUUUCCUCCUCCAUUCUCCAAAAAUAUUUGUUUUUGAAUUCAUCGAAUUAAAACACGCACCCUGAAAAUUUUUUUUUGACGGUUUUUACUAACAGUUUCUUAGCAUUCUCAAAAACGCCAGAGUGGUCACUACAAGGGCGAGUUUAGGAGCCCUUCAAGGUUCCUCUAUAGGGAAAAUUGUGUCUGUAUUUGAAAAAAAAAAUUUAGGACCUCUAGAACAGUUCGGCUUUGGUGGCCAAACCGUAAACCCCUUAAGAGACCACUUAAAUUUUACCCCUGUAAAGAGAACUUUUUUGUCCCCUCAAGGGGCUGUUUUCCGCCUUACCCUAUAGGGACCACUCUGGCGCUCUUGAGAUCUUAAAAGUUAAUUUAGCUUGGAAUCCGUAGGGACUCUGAUUUUUCCACGAUCAUCGAACAAUCUUUACCUUUUCCAGGUGCUCUGGAACGAGGAGCACGGCUGCUGGUUUGACUACGACCUCAAGGCGAUGGAGCAAAUCACGACGUUCAACGACACCAACUUCUUCCCCAUGUUCACCAGAAGCACCCAUGAAGGAUUCGACUCCAACAGAGUAAUACAGAAAUCACAUCUUCAACGUCUUCAACCUGACGUCUUCAGGUCGCCGACUACCUCAUCCGAAGCGGCGCCCUCGGUUUCCCCGGCGGAUUCCCCUCCUCCUUGGUCACUUCUGGAGAACAGUGGGACUUUCCAAACUCGUGGGCGCCCACCACGUGGGUCCUGAUCGAGGGCCUCAGGGCUGCCGGACAGCCCGAAAUGGCCCGCGACAUCGCCGACAAAUGGGUCCGCAAGAACUUCAACAUGUGGAAGAGCAGCGGCGGCAAGAUGUUCGAGAAGGUUCGUAGUCCAAUUCUAAGUUGAGCUAUUGUUUGAUCUCUCUAGUGUCCACUUGAACAGAACCUAUUAGGUAUUUUUCAGUACAACGUCGUCUCGCCGUGCUACAAGGUGAGCGGCGGCGGCGAGUACGAGAUGCAGGAAGGCUUCGGAUGGACGAACGGCGUCAUACUCGACCUUCUCACUACCUACGGACACCUCAUCCGCUGGACCGCCGGCGACACCUGCGAGUGCUGCAGCACCGACGGAUUCUGCGGCAUCGACGUUGCCACCGCCACCGCCGCCAAGGUCCCCGACGUCGUCGACGAGUUGCCCUCGUCCCGACACGACCUCCACUUCGAAGACGCCACUCUCCCACAGACCCCCUCGACGUCUUCUUUGGAGUCGAUGGACACCAGCACGACGUCUUCUGAUCCUGAAGACGGCCUCCGAAUCCGCUAG